CGAAUGACUUGGUGCGUGGAUUUCGAACGGUCGAUCAUACAUCGUUUCACAGCCACAACACUGUGAUUCAGUCUGAUUUUAUGCGUCAAGCAUUGCAAAUUCAACAUCUCUCUGUCUCUCAUUCAGAGAGCCAUACACAUACACCCCGACACGAACACACAUCGUACGCAAAGUCAAUUUUUCCGCCUAGUUGAAUUUUUCGGGUAUGUGACAAGGCAGCCACCGUUACACGUGCAUAAUCAUUAAACGACAACCGUGCACAGCGAAACGAUAGUCGAAGAGAUCUCUCUCAUAUAUUCAGAUUAUUUUGAUACACAUCGAAGUAAAAUAUAUUGCGUUUUCGAAACCGAAAACCAUACUACAAACGGCAACUAUAUUUUAUGGAAUUCGAUCCAUCGUGCAAUUUUCAGUUGUUAUUAUUUAUUUUUGGUGUUAUUGAUUCAUUUAUCAAAUAAAAACAACUUCAUAGAAUGAUGAUGAUUGUGUGAUGUGAUACAUUGAAAAUUUCUGCAAAAGAAACAAUAAAAAAAAAGUCCAUCGAAUUUUGAUUGUGAAGGAGAAAAAAAAAAGAAGUGAAAAAAAUUUGGACUUUUCGGUGAAUCAAAGUGAAACCAGGAACUAACAGUAUUUGUGACGAAUUCGUUUGGCAAACGCAUUUUUCAGUUGGUAAAUUAGUGACCGGUAUUACGUGCGAUUGUACACAAUGGCUUUAAAAUUCGUUACAACGAUUUGCGUGCUAUUGGUUAUGAUAGAGUGCUCAAACUUGGUCGCAGCCGCCACAAAAUAUCCAUACGAAAGCCAUAGCAUUCAUUUGCGAGCGAAACGAGGUAGCCCCGACUUUUUGGGAAAAAUCAAAAGCUCGAUUACAUCAUCGAUAGGAAAAGCGUCGGCAUCAUCAGCUGGAGCCUCAUCGGGAACAUCGUCAUCGAAAGCGUUUGCACAUGAAAAACCAGUGGAAAAGGAAGUCUACUUUGAUGGAUGGGAAUUGAAGAAGAACAUUUUGAAUACAUUAUUCCAAGCAGUGAAAGCGAUCACCGGUGGCGUUACAGCAAUUAAGGGUCAACUCAUCAAAGGCAGUGGUUACGCAUUAAGCAGCGGUGGAAAGUUGAUCGCCGCAUCUGGUGAUGCUGUGACAGGAGUUGGAAAGAAAAUCGCUUUGUCAGCCAAAUUAUUGCCGCCAGAUGCAUCGAAACAUAAAUACUUUGCAUCGUCUGGUCCCGCUGGCAUUCCACAUGAAGAUUACACAAGUUUCGGUCAUGAUGAACUCGUAGAAUAUGCUCAGCCACAUGAAAUUACUGGUUAUGCACCAGAACCUCCGAUCCCAUAUUUACCGGUAGACGUAGCCUAUGACAAUCAUUAUCCAGUACCACAAGCUCACGCUCAAUAUGGACCACCACCGCUUAUCGAUACUCCUCAUUCGCACAUUACGAAUUAUAUAAGCACAGAUAGAAAAGAACAAGAUCAACACUAUGUGAAACAUGACGGAACAUCUUCUGUACCUGGACUUGAGACAGACAACGAACUCACGACAUUUGAUGCAAAUCAAAAAGCGAUCGAAGCAUUACAAUUACUUUUACGGAAAUUACCCAAUAAAUUGGCCGUUAAAGACAAUGCAAUACAAACAAUUGACGAUGACAAUUUUAUACCUGAUACAAAAUUAACACCACAACACAUUACACAAUACAAUAUACCAAAAGAUCCGUAUAUACCGAAUUUUAAACCGAUCAAAUCAUCGGUUACAUCCACAUAUACAUUUCAGCUCGGUCCACUUGAACAAAUCACCCAGGAUACAUACGGUGGCAGCGAUCAUGGACACAAUGGAUUACAUCAAUCGGCAACACCGCCUCCGCCGUAUUUAAUUCAAAAAACCGUUGUUAGCCCAGAGUUGCAACGGCAUCUUGUUCCACCGCCAUCAAUUGAAUCGGUAUCGACAACAUUCAAUUCACAUUCAUCAUCACCACCACUGUUAUCACAAACACCGCACAUUGAUGCACAACCAUUGGAUUUAUAUCAUACAAUGACACUGAAACAUGUCAACGACAAUCAUUCGAAUCAUCCACCAGUACAAUCAUUACCAUACUUACCGCCACGAAAACGAUCAAACAAACCAAAUCCACACCAGUUUGAAAUUCAAAAAUCCAUAGAAUAUCAAUUACACUGAACACAAUACACACACACACACACACACACACACAUGCACACAACUGACCAAUUUAGUGAAUUCGUUUAGUGAAAGCUUUAAAAUAUGAAUGAACUUAAUACUUUUUUUUCCUCUGUGCCGAAUGAAUGAUUUUAAGAAAUUUUCGUUUUUUAGGGAAAGUGUAAUUAAUGUGUAAGUAGUAUUUAUGCUCAUGUGUAAUUUUAAACAUGCAAAUAGUCUAAAAACAAAACUAAAACGAAAAAAUUCGAGCGAAAAAUGAAAAAGAUUUGAAAUUUUUGUCCAAUGAUUGAUGUAUAAACCAGUCAUCCGUCCGCCCCCUUCCCCGUGAGAGAAGCGCCGAAUCGACCUUAAGUCAUUAGUGAAUAUAAUAUUGAGUGAAAUGAAUAGUAUCACAAUUUUUGAAAAAAAAAUUAUUUCUUUGUUUUUUUUUUAGGAGGGUUUCUCAAUGAGAUUCCUAUUUAACCAAUCCAAUUGAUUUCAUUGAAAAUCAAGGAAAACCACAUGACAAUCUAAUUUUUUUGGUGCUAGAUUACAAUUUGUAGUAAAAUAAUAUAUCUCUCCCAAAAUGUUUUCUCAAAAUGCCCUAUAGAACGUGUACGAAUUUCUGUAGUUAUAGCAUAUACCAUAUAUAACACAAAAGAAGUAGGAAAAAACACGAAAAAAAUCCAUUGACAUGUAUAGAAUAUUAUAAUAAUUUUUUAGAUGAUAAACAAAAAUGCAAUUUAUUUUAUAAAACUAUUUUUUUCGAAUCUUUGACUAGAGACGUGCUCGCUUGUUGAUGAAACGCGAAAUUUUCACCAAUUUCCCAUCACAAACGACUCAAACGGUGUGUACAUAAAUAUAUAGAAUGUGAGUUUGUUUUUUUCUGUGUAGAUUGUGCUCUGCGUUAGAUGCAAACGGGUUAUUUAUUGGCAGAUUGAUUUAGAAAAAAAAAUUGUUAUUAUUAUUAUUUCUUUAUUUUUUAUUUCGCCUGGUGUAGUUCGAAUUUUUCAAAUCAAAUGUGAAUAUUGUAGACGAAAAUAAAUAGUUGCAAAAGUGGA